UCAUCCACCUUGGGCCGAACGAAGCUUCACCCUUCGCAGCCGGGGUAAAUUUCGCGAGAAAAACAAAACAAGAAGCGUGCGUGCGAAAGAGCGAGAGAAAGCAAUGUACACAAUGCGUUCCGUCCCGUUGCGUUAACGUUGCGUCCCGUUCCUACGUAGGAAACGGUUCAAAACAGAGCGAGCGAGCGAGCAAGAAAGAGAGGGCCCCACCAACAGUGAAAACAAAUAAUAGGUUAAAAAGGUAAAUCUGGAACAGUUUUACCUUCCUGCACUGUACUGCAAUCGGUGUCACGGGUGGAAGAUUCUUGUCACUGCAUCCUGUUUUCCGAAACUGAACUUUCCUCCCGUACUAUCGGUGCACGGCGAUGCGCUUGUCGACUGCACCACCAAAAACGUAAACAAAACAUCUCGCCCGUACGUCAAAUCGCUCAGCGCUUGCGAUUGACAAUCCGCGACGUUCCGGACGAUUGUUGCCCGCUCGGGAGACAAAGCAAGAGGUCGACACUCAACACAACACCACCGCCAGCUCGGACCGACCAACAGCCAAGCAAGGGCCACUGGAACCGAUCGCCGGAAGUAGCGGGAAGUUUUCCGACCAGAGAACGGCAUCCCUCUCACACAGCUGCCCCAAUGUAAAGCCUGCAAACCUGGGGACGGCGUCAAACGGGCAGAAACGAGCGGUGAAGAUCCCGGGAGUGCCGGGCACUGCUGUGCAAUUUGGCGUGGAGCAGAGUGUCACUGAGGCCAGUUAAGCAUUGAGGCACAAAUAGACUAAACACAUACACACACACAUCGAGAAGAUGGCAACCGCGAGACCAGACGGCGCCAUGUUCGGGGCUAUCCUAAACCGCGCGCUCAGCUACGGCUCGGGCGACACAAUCAGCUCCCGGCUGGAGGGCAUGGUCAACAACGAGUUCUGCUCGGACGUGACGUUCAUCAUCGGCGCGAGCAAGCAGCGCAUCCACGCCCACAAGCUGCUGCUCGUGAUGGCGUCCGAGUACUUUUACGUGAUGUUUUUCGGCAGCUUCGUCGAGGCAGAGCAGCACGAGGUGACGCUCGAGGACGUCGAGCCGGACGUGUUUCUGGUGAUCCUGCGCUACAUGUACUGCCAGCAGGUGGAGCUAACCUUCGACAACCUGCGCGACAUCUUCGACUGUGCGCAAAGGUACAUGCUGCGGGAGCUGCACCACCAGAUCGGCAUGUUUCUGCAGGAGCAGGUGAAGCCGACGAGCGCGCUGUCGAUCUUCAGCAGCAACCGGUACUACGGCUACGAGGAGGUGGACGACGCCUGCCUGCGGCUGAUCCAGAACAAUCCACUCUACUACUUCAAUCACGUGGACUUUGUCAGCAUCGACCGGGAGUCGCUGCACAAGAUCUUCGCCUCGCCCUCGAUCAACUGUACGGACGAUCAGCUCGGCAGCGCGCUCGAGAUCUGGGAGGAGGCGAACCCGUUCAAUAAUAUGGACGACCUGCGCGUGCUGGUCAACCAGACCAAGCGGUCGUACAGCUGCCUGAAGCUGCUCGUGUUCGGGCAGAACAUGAGCGAGGGGUUCGUCGGCACGGCGGACGAUCUCAAGCUGACCGUGAUGUCGGACAACCCGCUGUCGCUGUACGGGUUCGGCGUCUACAUCCUGUCCAAGGCGAACGUCGUUUCCGUCGAGCUGAAGAUCUACGAGGAGGACAUCGAGAUUAGCUCGGACGUUUUCGAGUUCCCGAACAGCUCGGUCAGCACCGUGCACGUGGCGGACCUGUUCUUCGAGGAGGUGAUCAUGACGCCGCGCAUGAACUACCGCAUCGCGAUCAAUACCUCGCCCCAGUGCAAGCAGCUGCUGAUGCGCGAUCCCCGCAUCUACCACGAGACGAUCAAGUUCGGCAUCCCGUACCAUCCGAACGACCGCAAACCGAUCGGCGUCGCGCACCUCUACUGCAAGGAGUGUACCGACGGCCGGACGAAGGACUGAACCGCAUCGGGCUGACCGUUGGGCCGUGUGUGUCUUUUUUGUGUUAUUUGCUAAAUGAUCUUUCUUUCUUUUUUGCCGUAUCGUGUUGGCUCUCCCCAUUCCGUGCGAGUAACUUCCUACUGGACGUACAGGUCGCCACCGGCAACAGUCUUAAAACGAAACGAAUGCCCCCUCCUUCCCUUACGAGAGCGAAUUAUGUUUGCAACGGAGGAACGAAAUUGUAUCUUAUAAUAAAAAAUGAUGUUAUUUUUUGCGAUCAAUUAAGAAGCGA